UUUCAGCGCCACCGUCAACCAUCUACGUUCAGACACCGUUCUCACUUUUCCUUUACCCUUUCCAUGUCUAUGUACAUCUCAAUGUACACUUUCAAUGAUGAUUCUGAUUCUGAAGAUCAUCAUUACUGCUCUAAUACAAAGCGAAGAAAACUUGGCGAUUUCGAGAGGCAUACGAAGGGAUGCGGAAUGAAGUUGAUGGAGAAGAUGGGUUAUAAAGGAGGUGGUCUUGGCAAGAAUGAGCAAGGUAUGCUGAAUCAUAUUGAGGUCAUAUUGAGGCCUAAGUUUUCUGGUCUUGGAUCUUACGAAUCGAAGGAAACUCCGAUUUUGCAGACGGAGAAAAAGUGCGAACCGGGAGGAGGCUUUCAACCUAUAGUUGGAAGGAAGAGAGAACGUGCAUUGUUAAACCACAAGAAGAAGAAAGAAGAGGAUGUGUAUGUAACUGCUGAGGAUUUCUUGGCGAACAAGCAAGAACAAGUCAUUCAGAAGAUUUAUGAUAUGAGGGGGCCAGAGGUAAGAGUGUAUACAAAUUUGUGUGAUUUGAAUGCUGAGGAGAAAGCAAAGGAAAGAGAUUUCCCAAUGCCUGAACUUCAGUAUUACAUAGGACUAAUAGUUCUGUCGGCCGAGGUUGACUUCCAAGAGAUUGAUAGAGAUUUGAGGAAUGAGAGGGAUAUAGCAUUUAGCUUGAAAAGUGAAAAAGAGAAUUUGGAAGAUGAGGUAGUAUUUCAAAAUAAGCAGCUGGAUAAUUAUGAGAAGAUAAAAAGUGUUCUGGACCGUGUCGAAGAAGAAAAGACCUUAGGAACAUUAACAUUGGAUUCCCUUGCUCAAUGUUUGAGGGACAUUCACAAAAGAUAUGCUGAUGAGGACUAUAAGUUGGUUAACUUGUCAUGUAUUGUUUGCUCAUAUGCCUUGCCUUUGUUUAUCAGAGUGUUCCAAGGAUGGGAUCCUCUUCGAAAUCCAUCUCAUGGUUUGGAAUUGGUUUCACAAUGGAAGACAUUGCUUCAAGAAGAUGAUUGUUGUGAUAUAUGGGACAUUAACAUAUCAUCACCUUAUGCUGAUUUGGUUUCUGAUGCUGUAUUGCCGGCUGUUAGAAUAUCUUGUGUCAAUACAUGGCAAGCACGCGAUCCUGAGCCGAUGCUACGGUUUUUGGAGUCUUGGGAAAAAUUGCUUCCUUCUUCGGUUCUUGCUUUUAUAUUAGACAACAUAGUCAUGCCAAAAUUAUCAAGUGCCGUAGAUGCUUGGGAGCCACGUCGCGAGACGAUUCCUAUCCACACAUGGGUGCAUCCAUGGCUACCUCUGCUAGGGAACAAGUUGAAGGAUAUCCACCAGACGAUUCGUUCCAAACUGAGUAUUGUUCUUGAUUCAUGGCACCCGAGUGAUGGUUCCGUAUAUGCUAUAUUGUCCCCUUGGAAGACUGUAUUUGAUGCUGAUAGGUGGCAGCAAUUAAUGCACCGUUUUAUUGUACCGAAGCUGAAGGCUGUCUUGAAAGACGACAAAUUCCAAGUGAACCCGGCAAGUCAGAAUCUUGAUCAAUUUUAUUGGGUAAUGAACUGGGCUUCGGCUAUUCCAAUUGAUCUGAUGGUUGACAUGAUGGAGAUCUUCUUUGAGAAGUGGCUUAAAGUUUUAUAUCAUUGGUUGUGCUCAAAUCCUAACUUUGGUGAAGUUACAAACUGGUAUUUGGGCUGGAAAGAACUUAUUCCAAAAGAACUUUUGGCAAAUCAAAGUAUUCUAUACAAGCUCAAAUGUGGUCUUGAUAUGAUGAAUCAGGCUAUUGAAGGUAUGGAGGUGGUGCAACCUGUUCUGAAGGAGAAGACAGCAGCAGCCUCUUCUCAACAACAGGCAGCUGCAAGCUUGGUCGAUGCUGUCAAAGUCGAUGGUGCGAAUGAAAUGAGCAUGAAAGAACUCAUUGAGGCCUAUGCUCAAGAUCAUGGUUUACUUUUCAAACUUAAACCUGGUAGAAUGCACAACGGUCAUCAAAUAUAUAGGUUUGGCAAUAUCAGUAUAAUAAUCGACUCUCGGAAUCAAAAGGUCUAUGCCCAAAAUGACGAAACAUGGUCUUUAGAAACUCUCGAACGAUUGCUUGAGUUACAUAAAAGACGCUGA